AUGGCAGCCCUGGCUGAUGUCCUGUGGUCAGAUGAUGAUGUGCGACCACCACCAGCUGACGCAGAUGACAGGGAGAUUACUAUCCCCUGGGGUGUUUGGGUGCACGAGAAGCCACCUGCUAGCCGCCGCUCUCGGGCUAGGGCUGUCAUAGGGACACCUUCACCCCCAGCCCCUGCAGCUGGCCCAUCCUCUUCUACAGCCGCAGCUCCUUCACCAUCUACAGACCCUCCAGCAGCACCUGAGCCUACCUAUCUCCUGGUCCAGCGUCUCUUCCGGUUCUUAGAGCGAGAGCGACACCAUGUCAGACGCCGUUCGGAUCGGAUGGACCAGGCCCUUAUCUCUCUGGGCGCUGAGCUACCUCCGCUUCCCGAUUCUCCGGCCUCCGAUGAGCAGGAUCAUCAGGAGGAGGACGCGGAGGCACCAGCUCAGCAGGAUGCCCCUGACACUACAGAGCCAGCACACAUGGAGGCACCACCUCAGACGCAGGAGACUCAGCCGGUCCCACAGCCACAGUCAGAGCCAGAGCCUAUCGUUGUACCUCCCACUGAUCCUCCGGUUUAG